AUGGCAGCCACUUUGCGAAUCGACCUAAAUCGCAUGCCUAGCGACGGCAGCUUCCUCAACUGGCCUUCAGGCGCUCCUUACGCCAUAGCAGAUGAGAGCCGCUUUCUAAGAAGCUUGAGCGCUGCUGAGAACGAGAAUCGCGCCCCCGGUAANCCACAAUCACUACUCCUCAACAUAGCCAUAGCUAUAGCGUUGAUCUAUUGGCUAAUAGUUUACAUAGGAGCACCUAUGGUCGAGAUCGUUGCCCUCCCUAGAGGCUACCGACUCUUUAANAAGACACGCCCAACCAAUACCAAUAGAGAUAGAGAUUACCUGCUCUUCGGCCACCCUAAUGGUCAAUUCGACUCUGCCCCUAAGGCAUUCGUCCAUUUCUGUGCCAUUACGCAGCGCAGUCUGGCCACCUGCGCUUGCGUCAAGUGCAGAGUGCGUGUUCCGGCUGCAGGCACACGCAACCAAGCCUACGAUGCUAUGGCUAGAGGCUAA